AUGGCGGAAGAAAAGAUGACACUAGAAGAUUGGCUGGACGACUUGUGCGUCCGGUUCAUCGUCAACCUCGGCCAGGCCGACCUGUCUGAUACUGCUCGCAUCUGCUUUCAAAUCGAGGAGGCGCAAUGGUUCUACGAAGAUUUCAUCCGACCGCUCGACCCUCAACUACCCUCGAUGACGUUAAAGCAGUUCAGUCUCAAAAUGUUCCAGCACUGCCCUCUCUUCGCCGGCUUCACGGCCCAGGAGCACCAGAUGGCCUUUGAGAGAUUCCUACAAUACAAAACUCGUGUCCCCGUGCGCGGCGCCAUCAUGCUCAAUGCUGCCAUGGACUCUGCCGUGCUCGUCAGGGGCUACAAGAAGGGCGCGAGCUGGAGUUUCCCACGCGGAAAGAUCAACAAGGAUGAAGAUGAUCUUGACUGUGCCGUGCGCGAGGUUAUUGAGGAGACAGGAUUCGAUCUGCGACUUGCUGGUCUCGUAGACCGCAACGCCCCAGUCACUCCCGUCGAAGUCACCAUGAAGGAUCAGCAGGUUCGGCUUUAUGUGUUCCGGGAUGUCCCCGAGGACACGGCUUUCGCGCCGAAGACUCGCAAAGAGAUUGGAGCCAUUCAAUGGUAUAAGCUCAACGACCUUCCGGCUUUCAGGAAGAAAAAGGGCAAGAGUGCCGACGCCACGAGUGGGGACCGCUUCUACAUGGUUGCGCCUUUCAUGGUGCAGCUCAGGAAUUGGAUCAGACAGCAGAAGAAGGACCGACCUUCACAAGUGCCAGCAGACGAGGGCCUCACAGACGACAACGUUUUCUAUCCGCAAGCACCCACCCAGAACGUGGACGUGGACUAUGCCACCAAAGAGCUGCAAGAUCUCCUGCAUAUCACACCGCAAGCACCUGUUCAGUCUGGUCAUCAGACGGCAGCCAACCAGGACGCUGCUGCGGCACAUCUGAUGGCUUUACUCCAGCCAGGUCUAGCUGCCGGUUUUGGUGGGCAGCAGUCACAGCCGCAAAUGCAAGAGCAAGCGCAGCAGCGGCAACAGCUGCAGUACGAGAUACAGCAACAGGAGCUUCAGGUGCAGCAGCUCCACAAUCAGCACAUGCAACAACUCCAGCUUCAGCAGCAUCACCUGCAGCAGCAGAUCCACCAACGCGAACAGCAACAGAUCCACCAACGCGAGCAGCAGCAAUACCAGCAGCAGUAUCAGCAGUAUUUUAAGCUAGAACAAGAGAAGCAGCAUUUUGCCAAGCAGCAGUAUGCGCAGCAGCAAUAUCCAAACGCCCAUCGCGAUCGUGUAACGGCUGAAGUACCGCAGCCUCAAUCACCGCACUAUCAGCACCAAACACAGCGUAUGUAUACGCAAGAAUAUGGGCAACCACCACCGGCAAGCAAUUUCUCGGCGCCUGCUGGAGGCUAUGGCCAGUUUCAACACCAAAGACCUCAAGUGCAGGUCCCGGUCCCCGAUCACAGACAGAUGGCGCCUCCCCAGCUCCUUCAACGUGAGCCUGUACAGCUUGUCCACCCUCAGCCGAUGCCAGCGCCGCAAGUCGUUUCGGCAAUGGUGAACAACUACGGCAAUGAUUAUAACCAGGCAGCAAGCAAAGGUCCUACGAAUCAAAACCAGCAGCCCCUGGCAGGCAUGGCGUCCCAAACUCUCCCAGGUGGUCUUCAGCAACAAGCCCGUGGCCCAGCGCUCCCCACUCAGAUGCCUGCCCACUCCAUGAACCUGCUAAAUACCUUGAUGGGCGGUGGCAGUUCAGGCAAGCCACAAGCCCAGCUGCAGGUGUCCCAAACACACGCCACACUAGCAGGAGCACCUCAACCUCCUGCGCAUACGCGGCCACAAGCGACGUCGGACUUUGCGCCGCAAGUGAUCGACGGCGUAGAAUCGAAUUACCACAACCUGGCUCAGAGCUCGCCGUCGACGAGAACUCAGGCAAUGGAUAAGCAUCACAGUAAUCUCCUCGACAUGUUCAAGAUUGGGGGGCAAAGUGCGCCACCUGCACAACAACAGGACAAGAAGACGUUCCAUUCAAACCCAGUCAGCCCGGAGGACAAGCACCGGCAGCCACGGCAGCCUAUUCAGGAGCUACCCACCAUGGCAGAUGUGAUGAAGACGGCCGCGAAACAGAACGGCCAGCCGAUUCAGAUGAGCGCGGAGACCAAUCUGCCUUAUGGGGCGGUUGCCAUAUUAGCACGUCCUCAAUCGAAUCGCCAAGCUGUGAAAGAGAUGCCAGCUCCCGCACCCGCUCCCGCACCUGCACCUGCACCUGCACCUGCACCUGCACCUGUACCUGCACCAGCAACAUCGCAACCCCAAAGCCCGCUUCGCCCUAUUCGAGAACCGCGUAUCGGAUCACGGGACAACUCCGGCUUCCCCUCGGCCAGAUCCUCGCCCCGACAGAUCCAAACGCAAUCGCAACGAAGCGUGCCGCCGUCUCAACUCAGCCCCCAGUCUCAAGGACCCUUUAGCAAGCUGCAGCAUGGACACACUCAAUCCCCGUUGGCUCGGAUGCAGAACCAGGCAUCCGACAUAACAAGGUCGAAGUCGCCUCUCUCGCAGGUGUACUCGCCAGGCUUGCCAUACGAUGGCCCUGCCGGUUCUUCGAUGAUGGUGUCGACGCCACCGUCAACAACGCAGCUUGCAGUGCCUGGUGUCGGCAAGACCAGGCGAGAGUCGACUGCGGAGCACAAGCAGUCUCUUCUGUCUCUUUUCGGCCAACCGAAGGCGGGCAACGACGGUUCUUUUGGGAAGGGCAAGGACGCCAUUUCACCAGAGGCGUACGGUGGGGGCAGUGCAGCCCGCUCCCGCGUCGCUUCUGUGGCUUCGAGCUCGGGUGCUGGGCUACCAGGCGCGAACGGAUCAAGGCGUGGUAGCCAGUCGCCCAUGUCGUCGUCGGACCGGAACUUUCUGCUUGGGUUCCUGCAGACGGCCUCGAACAAGGCUGCAUUCCCAUGCGAUCCAUCAACCUCCCUCCACCUGCUGCUCAACGACGACAACGACGAAAACGACGACAACUGCAACUACAAUAUCGCAACGACGGCUACCCUGUCAUUCCUCGACCGCCCAACGCUUGAGGAUCAGUCUCUGGUUGUGAGCUUGGCAUACUGCUCCAGCGACACCAAGGACCACUGUCGUCAACCACAGCCCACAUCGACUGCCCUUGACGCAAGCCCUCGCACUUCAGAGGCGGUGAUUGAAAGGCCUGCUCAUCGCGAUCUCCCAAGAGGCAUUUACACAACUGACUUCUUGGGUGAGGCACCCGCCUCUUGA